AUGGUGCCGAUACUAGAUGCACCCCCAGCAGGAGCUUUCUUUUUUAAAUUUGAGUCUGGUCAAUAUGGCUAUGCUCUACCAGACCAGAUAUUUCCGAUUGAUUCUUUAGCCUUGGAUGAUGUAAUUAACUCUAUUCCUUCUUCCAAAUCUGAAUAUAUUGGUUCGAUACAACAAGACUUCAGCUUAGUGAAGAAUAAGAAGGCAACCACCACAGAGGUUCUUCCACAGCCUAAAUUGUUGGUCCAAGUUAAAAAAAGAACAAAAGGAGAUUCAGAAACUCUACAAGUAACUGUAGGUUUGAAGAGAAAAUUUGAGGAAGCAGACCUACUCAUGGAUGACGAAGUACCUGACGAAUUGGUUGAUCCAGAUGAGUUGUGGAGUAUUUUGAACAUUUACAAAAAUAGUUUGUUUUUCAAGAGUGGUGAAAAGUUGGCUUCUCAAAGUUUGAAACUGUCUCUAAAUAUUAUGAACAAGAAAUGGGUUGAAGACACUAGUAGAAUGCAUUCUGACUUUGUAAUUAUGCGUACUAAUGCACAACUAGAUCAUUAUUUUGCGAUAGGUGAAUUUGAAAAACGUAACAUUAAUGCUUCCAAUGCAGAGGAGUUCCUUUGUGCUCACAAAGACACUGUUAAAAUCAUUCUGGAGGGAAGGGCUGUUUUGAAAGAUAUUGCAACUAAAAUGACGCAGAAAAAAAUAGAUGAUGAAUCUAAAAAACAAGCAGUGGUAAAACUGUUUCUAAUCGAUACCAGUGGAGGGCUUGUUAUUCUGAAGAUGAAGCCAAGAUUUCACCAAGUAGAAAACACUUUGCAUGGGCUUUAUUAUAGCCUUUCAUAUUCUAAAUUGCUUAACAUUUUUAUUAAGGAAGAUUUAUUCUCCAUUAUGUCAGAAAUAGACGAAUGUAUACGUAUGGCUUCCCUGACAAACUACCAACCAAGUGAUAACUGUUCAAUUGCCGCUUUAUGUUCAACUCCUAUCACUUUAAGAUCCCAAUCAGUUGUUGACAAAUUUUUUACACUUCCUGUUUCUUAUACUUCACGUAUUAAGCUCAAAUGCUUAUCAGUUGCCGAAGAAAAGGAUUUAGAAGUUUAUUUACAAAAAACAUAUCCAUAUUUUAUUGUUAAAAAGACAGUUCUACUUGCAGGGGAUGCUACUGAUAGAAACAUUCCUUUUAUGGUUUAUAAACAAGGUGAUUCAUUUGAAUUUAAUUCCACUACCAAUCCUCCUAUGUACUCAAAUCCUAUUGAGGUUGGUUACAUGAAGUAUGAUGGAGAGAUAUUGGUUCAAGUAUUAGAAAUCACCAAUACAAAGAGCGUUAGCAGUAAUAUUAACCAACUAUAUGAUGACAGUGACGAUGAAGAAGAUUCGGAUGACAAUUGUUUACAAAAAUUUGGCAGCCAUGGCCAUUGUUUUGAUUUGAACACAUUCAAUUCAGAAUCACCUUCAUCCAAUUAUGACGCUAAAAUGUUAGAGUUAACUUUCAUUUUCUUGCAGAUAUCAGUAUUCCAUAUGUAA